CUUACCACCCUUUAAGUAAAAGACUGGACUAUAAUAAAUAAAUUUGUUGAGUGGCAGCACGCGGUGACGAAUAAAAUUGUUUAAAAAAUCUUGCUUUUUCUUAAAAUAGAGGACUAUUGAAAAACGAUAAUUUUCCAAAUGAAAAUGGCAAUAUCCAUUGAGUCGGCGAGCGUUCAUUCGGCUCUUCGGGACUCAAUUACAAAUUCAACUACAAAUUCUCAACCAGAGAGUAAUGAAAAUAUUACGAAUAAAAUAAUUGCAAUCGCUAAAAAAAUUUUAUUGACAAAAAUUGAAUAUGAAGAAGUUAACAAUUACGAUCAAUCAGUUCUUGAUUCAUUCAAAACUAAAUAUACAGUAUUAAAGCCGUAUAAUAAUGCCAAAUUGCAAACUUCUCAAUGUGAAAGUGUGACAAAUAAUGUGUUUGAAAAAAGUGGCAAUCAACUUAGUACAUUAAACUACCAGCAUCAAAUAAAUCAAAAGAGCUCAAAUGGAUUACCACAAGCAAAACGUAUAUUAUUUCCACGUGAGAGUGUUCGAGUUGGUUGGCGAAGUUCUGGUCGAAAAUGGCAGAUCGGAUCUGGAAUGAUGAAUGUUGGUAAUACGUGUUAUCUUAACUCAACCCUACAGGCUUUAUUUCACGUCCCAGCUAUGGCUAAUUGGCUUAUUUCUGAUUCAGAACAUAGAGAGGAAUGUCGAGGAGAAAAUAACAUACAAGAAGGUUGUAUAAUUUGUGCUAUGGCAAAAACAUUAAUCUGUUCUCAAGUUAGUUCUUCCGCCAUAAGACCGCAACUUGUAUACAGUCGUUUAAAGCAAAUUUGUAAGCACUUAAUUUUUGGACGCCAAGAGGAUGCUCAUGAAUUUUUGAGAUAUCUUGUGGAAGCUAUGGAAAAGUCCUAUCUAUUACGCUUUAAAAAUUAUAAAGAAUUGGAUCAAUAUAGCAAAGAAACUACACCAUUAAAUCAAAUUUUGGGAGGUUAUUUAAAAACUUCCGUACGUUGCUUAUCGUGUGGUCAUGUCUCCACAACUUUUCAACAUUUUCAAGACUUAUUAUUAGAUAUAAGAAAGCCAAAUACAAUCGAAGAAGCUUUAGACGGUUAUUUUGCAAAAGAAAGACUGGAAGAUAUGGGUUAUAAGUGUGAAUCAUGUAAAAAAAAGGUUUCGGCUAUAAAACAAUUUAGUUUAGAGAGAGCUCCAAUAUCAUUAUGUAUACAGCUAAAAAGAUUUUCAAUGGUUGGUACCAAAAUUAAUAAAUAUAUUGCUAUUAGACCGCGAUUAGAUUUAACGAAAUAUGCAACAAACAAAAACGGAAGUGAGUCUCUUUCUUACAAAUUGGUUGCAAUGGUAACUCACUUAGGAGCUUCCCAACAUUGUGGACAUUAUACUGCAAUUGGUUUGACUGAUCAAGGUGGAUAUUACCAAUUUGAUGACAGUUGUGUGCGACCAAUUUCCCUGCCAAACGUUUUAAACACCAAUGCAUAUAUUAUAUUUUACGAGCUGGAUGAAAAUCAUCACUCAAAACCAGUAUGCACCCAGGUCAGUGGUGAAAGUGAAAUGUUUAAAAAUGAUUUAAUUAAAAAUAACGAGAACUCAAUUCAACAGAAAAAUACCGACAGUUGCACAUCUAAUAAUGAAAGUGUAACGAAAAAUAUUAAUGGUUUACAUAGUCCAAAAGUUAUGAGUAAAUUAGACUUUGCUUCUGAAAAUGAAAACGAAACAAAUAAUAUUUUAUCAAACAGUAAUACUUUCAUUGGACCUCAGUUACCGCUUGAAAUGUCGCGUGAAGGGAUCUCAAAUAAUAUUUUGUCAAAAAAAGAUUUACAAAUUUGCAACGAUGUCAAGCCUACAGAGAAUUUAGCUUUAUCUUCAAGCAAAUUAUCAACUAAUGCCAGCAAAUUGCUCAUCCAUUUCAAAAAUUCAUCCUCAAACGCUAAUGGAAAUCAGAAUGCGGUGGAGGUUGAAAAAAAUGAUUCUGAAAUAAUAAAUAAGAACCAAACUAAUUUGAUGAAAAGUCCAAGUAAUAGUUUUAAGGUUCAGCAAUCUGUUGAAGAUGUCUGUGGCAGCUCAACUUCUGAAUUUGUAAUAAAAAAGGAAGAGAAACAAAAUCUUGAAAUUAAUAAAUCUUCAUUAUUACCGAGUAUGCCUAAGUUAGAUUCUAAUUUUGAUAAUUCUGGAGCGCUUUCAGUAACAAACAAUUCUAAUCAAAAUAGUAAAAUAAUAAAUAAACCUUCUUCAUGGGCUGGUCCACUUUCGUCAAACUAUAUGAUGAAACAAAAUCAACAAAGCGAUGCCAACAAUAAAAAUUUUUUGAUGUCUAACGGAAUAAAAAAAUCACCUAUUAAAAGUCUUGUUCCAUACGGAUCUGAUGGAGAUGAAGAUACUACUGAUUCGAGCGAUAAUGAGAAUACAAAGAAAGCUAAACUUGAUAGAGAUAAUCAAUCUAAAAUUGAGGAGAAAAUUAGUGAAUCCGUAUUCAAUAAACUAAAUGGAGAAACAAAGAAAUGUGGUUUUUCAACUUCGAAUGAGUCAACUCCUGAAGCUAGUCCGGAAGCACAACGUAUUAAAUUAGGCAGCCCUUCGCCGCAUAUUGUGAAAACUAAAGCCGGUUUAUGGCAGGUUACUCCAAUUACCCCCAGUGGAAGUCCACAAGCAGAAAUUGAAUCAAGUGAAGAGCACCGUACAACAAAAACACAUUCAAACCCUUUCAAUUCUAAUGGUACUCCGAUACCAACUUCCAUGUUUUAUUCUGACAAAACUUCAAAUGGAGGCAAUAGCAUUUACACAAAAAAAGAAGAAAAAAGCCCAACUAUUAAGGAGUUGACAAAAUAUUCUCACAGAGGUUAUGGAGCUAAUGUUUUAAGUUGGAAUGGAACAAAAUCAGAAAUGGAUACUGUUAUAAAUGAGGAAACCCGCCAGGAAAGGAAGAGACAGAUGCAUAAUGAUGAAGAAAAUGAGAUUGAUCGGGGGAGACAGAAAAAAGUUAAAAAUACAUGCAACAGGCAAAACGAUUCUAAUCCGGGCUAUAAUCCAUUCCAAGAGCAGCAGCUACAAAAGAACUCUGAACAUGUUCGUCAUAAUUGGGUAUCAGGCAACAAUACAAAUAGAAAUUCAAGCAAACUAAAUACCACUAUUCGAUAUCAUUAUCAAAAUAAUUUUAAUAACAAUCAUGGUUUUGAUAAUAUGUCUAAUAGUAGCAAUGACAAUAAUAAUUGUAACAUCAAUUUCAACAAAAUAGCUAAUGGUAAAAACAAUUAUAAUAAUAAAGAUGGUAGUAGUAACAAUCAUGAUAAUAAAUAUAACAGCGAUAGUAAUAUUAAUAGUAAUGACAGUAAUUGCAACAAUAGUAAUGAUAACGAUAAUAUUAAUAACAAUAACUAUAACAAAUUUAGCAACAAAUUUAAUGGUAAUAAAACUAAUAACCAUAAUACGAAUAGUUUCAAUAGCAAAAGUAAUCAUUUAAAUAAAAAUAAUAAAAGUAACAGUAACAAUUGCUUUUUCCGAAAUGAUAAUCCUAACUACAUUAAUCAUAACAGCAAUAACAAUAGCAAUAACAACAAUAAUAAUAAUAAUAAUAAUAAUAAUCAAUACAACAAAGCUAAUAAUAUUGGUAGUAAAAUUUAUAACCAACAUAACUUCUUGAACCGUAUUCAUAAUAGUGGUAGUAAUUGCUUUCGUAGACAUAACAACAAAAGAUUUAACCUAAAUCAACGUUUGAUAAACCACCAAAAAGGCGCAGAAUGGCGGUAAACCGUUUUUUAUUGUAUUUGCAAUGUAUAAAGAAAUGUUUUUACGUUUAUUGAUAGCUUUAGAAAGUAAUUUUAAAAUGAAUUUACAUUGAAAAUUUUUUUUUUACGAAAUGUAUGUAUAUGUAAUUUAUAAGCUAAUCUUUUUGAUUUUGGAAACACGAUACAUAAACAUGUAUAACCUAGUAAAAACGCAUUAUUAAAUAAAUUACAUACUUAGGAAAUAAAAAAAAUAAUAUACAA